AGGGAUGCGACGCGUCACCCGUAUCAAUGGAAGCUUCGCUGCUGUAUACCGAACAUUAUAAUAGUUGAUACUCAGUUUUGUUGUAUACCCAUUGUACCUAUGACCGAGACCACACCCUCUUGUGUGUUGAUAUUAUUAUAUCCCCAUAUGAAGUAGAUGAAUUAUUCAAGUUAAAAAUGAUAUAAAUUACUGUUAUAUAAGUUACUGAUGGAAGAUUUUUUGUUAUUGGACUACAAAUGUUGUCUAUAAUGAUAUGUGGUACUUUGGUGAAAUGGGAAUUCUUUUCACUAAUCUAAAUUAUAUAAAGAAUGGAAAAAUUCUUAAUGUUGUAAUGCCCGCUAAGGUUGUUAUGAAAGCUGCCCAAAAAUAUUCAUGAGGACCACAACAGUUGCAGCUGUAUAGAAGACACAUACAGGGCAGCCCGUUAGUUAGAUGUAUCAAGACUGCAAGAAACAUCAACAAAAAUGAGGAUUGAAUUUGAAAAAAUAGAAGAAAAAUGAUCGAUAUUUGUUCGCUGGUGCUCAGUUUGGCGGGGUUGGUGGUCGGAUUCUACUUUUUGAUCGAGUUACAUUAUUUUCUGAGGAUUUUGUUGUGUGUGGUCGGUGCCAAAUUCUUCAAAAAGAGGAAAUUUAUUUUGGACAAAACACUAAUUACCGGUAUUUGUUUGUCUACAGAUAUCGACUACUACUUAAAUCAUAUGAACAAUGCUAGAUACCUCAGAGAGUUGGAUUUUGCCAAAAUAGACUUCUAUGAAAGGACUGGCUUAUAUAGGAAUAUAGUUGCUAAAGGUGGAUCCCUGUUUGCUGGUGCUACAACUAUCAGAUAUAGAAGAUUUAUUAGAGUAUUUAGUAGAUACCAAAUAAGUACAAAGAUAAUUUACUGGGAUAAUCAAAAUAUUUAUAUCGAACACAAAUUUAUCAGUAGUGAUAAAUUUAUUAAUGCCAUAGCACUGUGUAGGCUGAGACUAGUCAAAUGUGAUGCCGAUAUUAUAAUGAAAGAAUUAAUACAGGAUGUUCCAAAAAAUGUCGAGGUUGAAACGACGCGAAGAGACAAGCCGGAACUGCCUAGUGACCUAGAAAAAUGGAUAGAAAGUAAUCAAAUUUCUAGUGAUAGGUUAAGGCAGAAAGAUAUAAUAGAUGAGAAGGAAAUUGAAAAAGUAUAAAUUAUAUUUUAUUAAUAUUUUGCUGUAUAAAGUAUAAAUAUUCUAACUGUAUUAUACAGGGUGUUCCUUAAUGACAUGCUAAUAUUUAAGGGCGUG